CUCUAACAUUUUUUGUUUCCUUUUGAAUUACAGACACAUUUGAAUUUGACAAUUUUGCUGGAACAGUCACAAGAUAAAUACUGUGAGCACCAUGACUGAACAUGACAGAUGCACAAAUGUGGUACAGUACGUUGGCGAUAUUAAAGGCGGAAUGAAACCAGCCAUGAAGAUUAUCGUUAUGGGAAUAGUGGAUAAUAAUCCAAAGAGUUUUACUGUUAGCUUACUCUGCAGCCCAGAAGAGUUAGACCAAGAUGUUGCACUUCUGUUAAUUGUCAACUUCAAGGACAAGUCAAUAAUUCGAAAUGCCAAAUUUGGAGGAAUAUGGAGUUCUGAGGAGAGAAAGAUCUCCUACUUUCCUUUCGCAGCUGGUGACAACUUCAAGAUGGAAAUCCUUUGUGAACAUCAACAGAUGCGCAUUCUACUGGAUGGGCAGCAGCUCUGUGAUUUCACACAUCAAGUUCAGCAGCUUGGAACAGUGACCAGUCUUAAAAUCACCGGCGAUAUCAAGCUUACCAAAGUGGCCUGAGCUACCCAUAGCAUUGCAAACAAAGCCAUCCAUGAAUUUUAUGUGUAAAUUAGCCAAUAAAACAGUAUAAUGUGAAACAUAUAUUGUAAUAUAAAUAUAUAUAUAUAUAUAUAUUCACUUUGCAAUAGUUAUAACUUAUUUUUGUUUUCUUCAAUUCUUUUUUUUUUUUUAAGUGUAAGAAAACUGCCACUGAUAGUUUUUUAGGAUUUGUAGACCUACUUUCUAGUUAUCAGAUUGAUAAAGACCAGUAUAUUAUAAUACACAUUACCGUUUAAAAGUUUGGAUAAACCUAAUCAUAGAAGGGUGUUUAUUAUUACUAUUUUCAAUAUUUUAUAAUAUUUGUAAAGUCAUCAAAACUAUUAAAUAACAAAAAUUUAAUUAUACAGUGGGCAAAUAUUUUAUACAAAUCAAAACUAUUUCAUUUUUGAUAUGCUACCCCUUUGCCUAGAAAAUCAGAUUUGCAUUCUUGACCAACUUUGGGCUAGAUUAUGAGUGGAGCACAAAAUUGCACUUUCGCAAGCGUGUUAUUCCACUAUCGACUCCAAAGCAAAGAAUUAAAAUGCAACUCUCAGAGAAUUCCAUGUAUGACUUUGCCAUUGAUACCACUUUGGCUAAAAUUGCUUACCCUAUACAGACAAUGAUGCUUACUGUGCAGUUCUAUAAUUGGAGAUAUUACUUAUCUACUGGUGUGCAACGCUUCAUUGAGCUUUGGGUUAUACCAGACUGUAUAUGAUAGCUUUAUCUCUUUUGGAAACCCUCUUAUUGCAUAGCUGCUUCAGAAGAAUUGUUUGUUCUUGCAUGCAUGACAGACACUGCUGCUGGGACUAGGAUAAUGUUUUUACAAACUGAUUUCAAUGUAAAUGCUUUCAAUCAUAUGCAACACUUGCUACUAUAAAUGUUUUUUUUUAUAUCUUUCAGAAAACACUGUAUUUCUCUACCAGAUAUCUAUCAUUCACUCAUCCAGCCAAAAUGCUCUGAUUAUCGCAAAGCUAUAUUUUCCAUAUAUGACUCACUGUUUUUCUUUUGACCUGUCUUUUAAUGACUUAUGCAUGACUGGAAUUAUCUUACUGGACAUUGAUAUUGAUUCAGGUUUAAGCUUUUUCUGCCUGAAUACCUGUGACCAGUGUUCCCUCUAAGUUCAGUUUUGUGAGCCACCCAGCAGUGAAACAGUUAAUUAGAGCAAUUAGCAAACACUACACAAUGCAGACUGCAAGGUGUGGUUCCCUUCUUAACUGUUUCACUGCUGGGCAUAAAAAGGCUGUGACACACUGCAAGCGAUGCGCCGCGAGGUGGAGCAGCUGCUUUGCUCCGCGUUGCAUCGCUUCUGAAGAUCAAAUAUUUCAUCUCUGAGCGCUCAGCUACACGACCUGAUGCAGCAAAGUGCUCAGAGAUGAAAAGGCAGGACACACUGAGCGCGCACAGCCGCAUGUACUCGCUGCGCGCCGCUCUGCUUGCAGUGUGUCACAGCCUUAACUUGCCUUAGUUUAUAUAACUAGAUUGCUAUAGUCGUGCAGUACAUGUUGUUACAUUCUUUGACAUUUACAAAACCAAUCUUAUAUACCUGGAUUGAUUUAUCAUUAUACUUUGUUUGCUAGUAUCAAGUGUCUGACUGAAAUGCAUUCCAUUGCUUUAUGCCUCCACUGUUUCAUGUAUCGGUCCCUCUAUAUUUGCAUUUUACCCUUAACGCUCUUUUCCAAUUACUACCUUUUAUUAUGAAAAACAGGAAGAAAGAUGUCUUGAAAAUGACACAUGACACACAGAUACCAACUAUGGAAAAAAUUCAGGCACAAGCUGGACAACUACUAUGUCCUGAUCAAGAACCAAAAGAAAAAAAGACUAAUAGCACCUGCAGCUAAUCUGCUCUUACAUAAAAGCCACCAGGAACUCUAUCUUUGUGUUCAUUUGCAUGAAGUGCUUCACAUGACUUUUCAUAGGUUUUUCAGAUUUAACUUCCACUUUUAAACUUACCUGUAUUUAAGGUCUUAACUUGUUCAAAUUGUAUCCAUUGUUUUUAUGCCUGAGGAAAAGACCAGACAUUGGUCUAGAAACGCGUAGCAAUUCUUAUAUGGAUUAAAGAUUUUAAUUUUAUCUUA